UAUCCUAUGUUUUCUUACCAAACAAUUCAUUCAUUUUAUUUUUGUAUGAACACAUCAAUUUAGGAUGUCGAUAUUAAUUUAUUAGUAACAAAAUAUUUGCCAAAAUUAAGCAAAAACUCUACAGAAUCCAAAAAUAACUCAAAUCAUUCAGCUAUAAAACUUUCCCCGUUAAUUCUCGCAAACAAGCGAAAAUGAAUCGCGCAUUCGUCUUCUUCCUAACUUUCUGUUCGGGGCACUGUUUCUUCGACAUACGAGAUAUAAUGUCGGGCACUAUGAACCGACUCCCCAGGGAAUUCCCGGCGGCCAUUAAGGACAUCGCGGAGGGUCUGCCCGCGAAAACGAUGACCGUUGUCCGGGGGAACUCGACGAAUUUAAGUGCCGAAGAUAUGUACGAACUUUUCUGCUUGCUGAGCGCGCACUCGGUCCAAGUUAUCAAUUUAGACAUCACGACGAAGGAGAACAAAGAAAAGUAUUACACAUUCGUGAAAGAAGCUCUGGACGUCUCCGAAGAAAGAACGAGUCUCAUACUCUGUGAGCCGUAUGAAUGUGAAGCAAUUCUAUCAGAGUUGGUGGAUAAUAACCUGAUCCACCGCACGAUCCUGUAUCUGUUCUACUGGUCGUACGGGCCCGUCAGCGAGCGGUUCUUGCUCACACUCUCAGAAGCUAUGAGGGUAGCUGUCAUCACCAACCCUCGGCCUGGUGUAUUCCGUAUUUACUACAACCAGGCUACGCCCCACCAAAUCCACCAUCUUUCUCUAGUCAACUGGUGGUCAGGAACAUUGUACAAGUCACCAGUGUUGCCGCCUGCUGACAAGGUGUACCAUGACUUCAAGGGGAGGGUGUUUAGAGUACCCGUGUUACACGCUCCGCCCUGGCACUUCGUGAAGUACAACAACGACUCGACCGUCAACGUCACCGGGGGACGAGACGACAAGUUACUUUCCCUGCUCGCCAAGAAACUAAACUUUCGGUACGAAUACUACGACCCACCCGAUAGAAGCCAGGGAUCAGGGAUUUCUGGAAACGGGACUUUUAAGGGCACGCUUGGCCUAAUCUGGAAGAGGAAAGCGGAUUUCUUUCUCGGUGACGUGUCAAUGACAUGGGGAGGUCUCCAAGCAGUAGAAUUUUCAUUCCUGACCCUAGCAGACUCUGGGGCCUUCCUGACUCAUGCACCAGCCAAGCUCAGCGAGACCCUGGCCAUCAUCAGACCAUUCCAAUGGGAGGUAUGGCCUCUGGUGUGUGCAACGCUGCUGGUGACGGGGCCGGCGCUGUGGGCGGUGAUCGCAGCGCCAUCUCUGUGGCGGAAGGGCCGGAAGAAUCAACUGGCGCUGUUUAGCAACUGCUGCUGGUUUACCACGUCUCUGUUCCUGAGGCAAUCAUCAAGCAAAGAACCUUCCAGCACCCACAAGGCUCGUCUCGUCGCGGUCCUGAUAUCCUUAGGAGCCACCUACGUCAUCGGCGACAUGUACUCGGCUAACCUGACGAGUCUGCUGGCAAGGCCUGCGCGGGAAGCACCGAUAGGGACUCUGCAGGCUUUGGAAGAAGCAAUGAGAUACAAGGGAUACGAGCUGGUUGUCGAGCGGCAUAGCUCUUCAUUAGCAAUUUUACAGAAUGGUACAGGCGUAUACGGACGGCUGGCGCGGUUAAUGCGUCGGCAGCGCGUGCAACGCGUGCGCAGCGUUGAGGUCGGCGUGCGGCUCGUACUGGCGCGCCGCCGCGUCGCCGUGCUGGGCGGCCGGGAGACGUUGUACUACGACACCGAGCGCUUCGGCUCCCACAAUUUCCACCUGAGCGAGAAACUUUACACGCGCUACUCGGCGAUCGCGCUGCAGAUAGGGUGCCCGUAUCUAGACACGUUCAACCAUGUCAUAAUGUCGCUAUUCGAAGCCGGCAUCAUAGCCAAGAUGACGAUGGACGAGUACAAGAACCUGCCGGAGCACUCUCGAAGGUCCGACCCGGUCAGCGAGUCUGAUCAGGACGGCUCGGAACUGAAGGACUCCACUGGUACUACGUCACAGGCGCAACAGGUAGAGUCGACGAAAGGCCUCACCCCCGUGUCACUGAGCAUGCUUCGGGGUGCGUUCUGCUUACUGGGGAUCGGCCAUUUACUGGCAGCUAUAGCCCUAGCCGUCGAAAUUCAACUCCACCGUCGUUCCAAAAAGAAGACGACCAUAGAACAUUCAACAAGCAGAAGGGUGGUCCGAGUGAGCGUUCUCAGGAAAGCAGUCAAGUGCCUGAGGAGACUGAUCAGGCGGCUGGCUGCGGCUGCUCACCGUCAACUUGACAGAGCUUUGGGACCUGCAGUUUAAAAGUCUAGUCAAGUGCCUGGAAAAAAUACAACCAUAGAACAUCCAACAAGCAAAAGUGUUUGUGUUUGAGAAUACGGUUCAGGAGGCUGGCUGCAGCUGCUCACCGGCAGCUCAACAGAGCCUUAGGACCUGCAGCUUAAAGUCGACUCACGACGACGACUGACGACUUCUGUGUCUGAAAAGAAGACGACCAUAGAACAUUCAACAAGCAGAAGGGUGGUCCGAGUGAGCGUUCUCAGGAAAGCAGUCAAGUGCCUGAGGAGACUGCUCAGGCGGCUGGCUGCAGCUGCUCACCGACAGCUCACCAAAGCCUUGGGACCUGCAGCUUAAAAGUCAAGUAAAGUGUCAGAAAAAAUAUUUAGAGGAGCAGAACAUGUCUGCCUAGCUAAAAAGGGCCUUAGAACAAGCAGGUUUAAAAGUUAAAUGUCUGAAACUAUAUUUAUUUUGAGGGGCAGACCAGCUCAAUAGGGCCCAGGACCUGCAGUUUAAGAUUUUUAUAUUUCUUUGGGUACAAAUAGACAGGAAAUGCAGUUUAAGAGAGUCUUCACUAAAGCGGUCAAAUGUCUGAAAAUAUUCUUCAAAUGUCUGACUUCGCAGCUUCUUAUCAGCAGAUCAACAAGGUUCUAGGGCCUGCUGU